AUGUCAACCGACCAAAAGAAGAAGCUGUUAUGGGGGAGUAAAAAGAGCACCACCGCUGAAGAGUCUGCUCAUCACUGGGAUACGACACUUUUUGGUGAUCGCGAGCGACAAGAUAAAUUCAACAAACUCAUGGGUGUGAAGGGCGAUAUAAAAAUGGAGCAGAAACCCGACAACCCAAAUGGCAGUGGCCUCCUACAGGCCGAGAAGCAAAAGGAACUCCAACUGGAUUUGGAAAAGCAAUACACUGCUGGACUCCGUCGAAGAGAUGGCCGCACUGUUGGACUAGGUCUUUGA